AUCGUGCAAGGAAAAGAAGUUUCAAGCAAAACCAAGCUGUCAACAGCGAAAGCAUUUCCGCUGAGGAGUGUGUCUUUUUCUUUCUUGUGCCGACGUCGACCCUACGUGCUGCCGAGAAGCCAGAAAAAAUUCGCCAAAAAACGGUCGCGGGAACGAAAAUAGCGGCGAAACACCAUCCGUGUUCAGCACGGCGAAUCAUCGUUUACGCCGGUAAAAAUUUGACGCACCGCUGUCGGAUAAUGGCAAAAAAGGCGAUAAAAAACGGCACUCGAAGGAAAGCAGCGGCACGUAACGUUACCGUGGUCCGAACUUCUUCGUUGAAUUAUCUUGGCACGCAACACAGGGUGGCCGGAAGGUGCGGCGAACAAGCCGGAGCGUGCACCGAGAAGCUCGAACUCAAAACAGCCGGAAGUGCCAAGGUCGUAGGCACGAAGCUGCUGAGGGAUCGGGACAAAGGAGCCCGAGGGCGCUGGAAUCGUAGAAACGCAGCGGUGCCCAAAUCGAUGACUGCUGUAUUGAGAACGGGCAGUUUCGAACAUCGCGGGAAGAUCGAGGCAGCCGGAAAGAACCGGAUCCAAAAGCCAAAGCAGAUCCGGAUCCGCAAGCCGAAGAAGCAACUGGACCGACGAGCCGAACGAGCGGAACAGGAACCGUUGCAAGGGAGCGAACUUCGCUCGGAAGAGCGACUCAAAAUUGUGGUGCGCAUGUCGCAGUAUGCAUCUCCAGUUUCCGGGAGCAGACUUCCCCUUAUCAUCCCGCUAUCGAAGCGUGGGAGCCAGCCGGUUCUGCUCAGCGCCACCCAUGCGCGUUUGCUACUGUGUGGUCCAGUGAUGACCGCUUGUGACCAGAGGAGGAUGUGCGUUUUCGCAGUACGUUCGAUGCCAUCCCGGAGAGGCCUGGAGGCCAAAUGUAAGUGCCCGAUUACGACUUGUUUCAAUUUUGCUAAUAUUUAGUGGGAGGAAUUUCCUGCUAUAAUGAUUGAGUAAAGUGGCAAUGGCCAAAAUAAAAAGCAAAUUCAUUUAAUCUUAAA